UGUUUUUAAACUUUGUCUAAACUCCGCAACGAAGCAACAAGCUCAACAUGCACUGGACUGCACUCGAUACAAAUCUCAAAAGCCUAUAUCUUCCUACAGAUGUACCCUAAGAUAUGGUCAGAGAAGCUCAUCAGAAGAAGAAGAAGAGCAAAUGCAUGUCAACGUUUGGUGGGAAGAAAGAGAAAGCUUCAUACAUCUGAAGACAUGUCAGGCUUCGAAUGACAUGAGAGAGAGAGAGAACGAAAAAGUAAGCAGUAGAGUGUAGAGUGUAAUAAUAAACAUAGCCUGUGUAAAAAAUAAAUAACCCUUGAGACUUUGCUCAGUCUCUCUGUGGUUGGCCAUUCAAAUAUGCCAGAUAAAGCCAAUUUUGCAUAACCGUUACCUCCCACGCGUCAGGCCUCUUUCUUUAAUUCUGGCUUUGCUACCCUUAAUUACUGUCUUAUAUCUCUGGAAUCAUCAUUAUUGUUCUCCCUUUUUCUCUUCUUGAUUCUCCGGCGACGGUGAGAAAAUGUCGCCGGUUGCCAAGAAAUUUACUCAGGAUGGAGGGGAAGGCAAGCAUUAUCCUGCGCCUCUUACUUCUCAUGAAGAAGUUGUUAAGGAUCCUACAACCUUCUGGGAUACUCUCAGGCGUUUUCAUUCGAUAAUGGGUACUAAGUUUAUGAUUCCUGUGAUUGGAGGACGGGAGCUGGAUUUGCAUGUUCUAUAUGUUGAGGCUACAAAAAGAGGUGGCUAUGAGAAGGUUGUAGCAGAGAAGAAAUGGAGGGAAGUGGGUUCUGUGUUUAAUUUCUCUCCAACAACAACGAGUGCUUCUUUCGUACUGAGAAAACACUACUUUGGCCUUCUUUACCAUUACGAACAAGUUCACUUCUUUAAGGUUAAAGGUCCAGUCUGCUCUCCGACAGCUACAUCUCCUGUAAGCAACUCUUUAUGCAGACAUGAACUGGCUAUUGUGGAAUAUUCCCCCAAACCGAUAAGGGAUUAUCCUGAUCCGCCCGCUGAAGGAUCUUCAUCUUUUUCAGCUAUUGGAACUAUUGAUGGGAAAUUUGAUUGUGGGUAUCUGGUUUCUGUUCAAGUGGGUUCAGAGGUUCUCAGUGGUGUACUUUAUCACCCAGAACAUCCAGAUUCAUCUUUUUCUAUUACUCAAUAUAGUAAUGCCCUUGUUCCAUACACUGGCAACCGUAAAACUCGCCGCUCUGGUCGGAGGAGAAGAAGCAGAAGAGCAGGGGACCCCAGCUACCCAAAACCCAAUAGAAGUGGUUACAACUUUUUCUUUGCUGAAAAGCACUAUAAGCUCAAAUCUCUCUACCCAAAUAGAGAACGAGAGUUCACAAAAAUUAUUGGUCAGUCGUGGAGCAAUCUCAGUGCAGAGGAGAGACUGGUUUACCAGAACAUUGGGCUGAAAGACAAGGAAAGAUACAAGAGAGAGUUGAAAGAGUACAAAGAGAGACUGAAGCUCAAGGAGAACAUGGAAGUUGGCAGAGCUAAUUAUUAGAGCUCCAGAUUAUAGCCAGAGAAUCUAGUUCAGGUCUCUGUGUAGAUAUAAAUUACGCUUAGUUAAUCAAUAUGUGAUCCUUUACAAUGAAGUGCUUAGUUCUUCACUGGCCAGUUGAUCCUUAAAUUUUGCUAAGCUAUCAUGUAAAAAUUGAAGACGCCUACAAGGCCUGAACUGACAAUUCUUUAAACGGUCUAACAGAGUUCUACACCUGAUUGUCUGACUUCUCAA